AUGUCUGUCUUUAAACUCAUCUUCGCUUUCCUCCACCUCACAGUUGCAAUAGCUGCCUACGAAAACCCCCUCGUCGACCUCACCUACGGCUCAUUCCAAGGAAACUACGACCAAACCUACAACCUCUCAUACUUUCGUAAGAUCCCAUUCGCCGCACCACCAACAGGAAACAAUCGUUUCCGCGCGCCGCAACCGCCGCUCCACAUAACAAAUGAAAUCUACGACACAGACCAGGACUUCGACAUGUGCCCACAGCGCACAGUGAACGGAUCAGAAGACUGUCUCUACCUAGGCCUAUUCUCAAGGCCAUGGGAAAAAUCGCGACAAGUUCGUCGACCAGUACUGGUAGUAUUCUAUGGCGGGGCUUUCAUCCAAGGCAGCGCGGCUUUCACCAUGCCACCGGCUUCAUACCCCGUUCUCAAUGCAAGCACUCUCAACGACUAUAUAGUGAUCUACCCGAACUAUCGCGUCAACGCAUUCGGCUUUCUGCCCGGCAAAGCGAUCGGAGAUUCUUCCACUUCAGAUUUUAAUCCCGGACUCUUAGACCAGCAAUAUGCUCUCAAGUGGGUACAGAGUCAAAUUCAUAACUUCGGCGGUGAUCCACACAACGUGACUAUCUGGGGCCAAUCCGCUGGUGCAGGCUCCGUCGUCGCACAGGUACUAGCAAACGGCCGUAACGGAAAUCCAAAGCUUUUCUCGAAAGCGCUUGCCAGCUCCCCUUUCUGGCCGAAAACUUAUGCCUAUGAUGCACCCGAGGCUGAAGCUAUUUAUAGUCAGCUUGUUAAUCUGACGGGAUGUUCUGGUAGUGGCCAUGAUCACGAGACGUUGGCAUGUUUGAAGUCUGUUGAUGUGCAGUCGAUUCGUGAUGCGAGUCUUGUCAUCGAUGCGGAUAGUACGUGGACUACGAGCUCGUAUACUUGGGCACCUGUCAUUGAUGGGGAGUUUCUGGUUGAUACAUUGGCAGAAGCUGUGGGUGGUGCUUUGGAUACGGAGUUCCUUUGGGGUAUGUAUAACACUCAUGAGGGACAGAAUUUCGUGCCUCCGGGUUUAGAAUCGACGGUGUCGGAAAGUGGAUAUAACUCCUCCGAUGCGAGCUUUUAUCGAUGGGUUAGGGGUUUCUUACCUGGCUUGUCGGCGGAGGAGAUAAAGGAGGUGGAAGAGGUGUAUUAUCCUGCCGACGGAAGUACCGAGACAAUCGCCGAGUAUAACACGACAUAUGUCCGAGCUGGACUUAUCUAUCGAGAUGUGGUUCUCGCCUGCCCGGCAUAUUGGAUGGCGUCCGCGGCAAAGAAGAGAGGGUAUGUAGGAGAGUAUACCAUAUCGCCAGCCACUCAUGGGAGUGACACUAUCUAUUGGAAUAAAAUCAACUCCGUGCAAGAGACGAAUCCGGUCGUCUACGAAGGCUAUGCUGGUGCUUUCGCCAGCUUCUUCCAAACCGGUGACCCGAAUGCGCACAAGCUGACCCAUGCCUCAGAGCCUGGGGUACCGGAACUUCGAAACACAGGGAGAGAAUUCGUGAUUGUAGAUCAUGGGUUUGAGAAUGUGAAGCUAGCUCAGCUGGAGAAGAGAUGUGAGUUUUGGAGGGGGCUAGGGAAGAGGAUUCCUGUUUGA